AUGGCGCCCAUGAAACAGACAGAAUACAAUCAUCAUAGUAGUAAUUAUGGCGAGGACAUUGAUCGCCAGGAGCCGAGUGGUAUUCCUGAGGUCCCUUCGACGGGACUUCCAUCGCCGCCAUCAAGUCCCCCCCUCGCGGCACUAACGGCGACCAACGAGCUCGCGCUGGCUCCCAAGACGUCUGCUAAGCGUAACAGCAAUGGCAGUCUUGGUGGCAACAGCAACGUCACAAAUGGUCGCGGUUCGGGCGCCGUCGGCGGCACGUCGAUUGAUUUGGACGCCUGGCAUCGCCGGCGAGGGGGGGCAGCACUGCGCAUCAGGGAAGAAUGUGAGAGGUUCUUCUGUGAGACGCUGCGUGCCGUGUUUCUGGGUGAGAGGAACUCGGCUCCGCAGAUCUCCAGCCUGACCGGUGCUCAUAAUAACGGCAACCAUGCCAACCGCAAUCGUGUCGUCAUUAACAACAGUUCUGAGCGUUUAACAGCGAGAGUAAACGGCUCCGGCGUGACCAACGGCUCUAGCGUUACCAAUAAUCGGAACGAUCGUUCUCAUGUCAGCUGCUGGCUUGAAAUUUGGGAUUACUCCGGUGGCUCCAGCUUCCGUGGCUUCGUAGGAGAGGAUCCCCAGUCAUCUGCCAGGACCUUGUUUAUCUUUCUCGACUCCCAGAGACCCCGUCGUGAUUUCAAGCAGGCGCUCGUCGCGUUGAUAGAGCUGGGCGAAGGUCCUCUUGCCUGUUCCUACGGAGUCAUUUGCGUCGAGAGAUCUACGCCGGAUGAAGAAAGAGACUCGUUGAUUAAUGGCCUUCAGUGGGCGGGCUUCUCGCUGUCGACUCUCGACCUCUGGUCCAACGGACCUGACAAGAUCAGCAAACGAUGGUUAUUCUUGACAACGGAGUUAUAG